UGGUUUAUAAGUAUAUAAAAAUGUAUGUAUAGUAUAUACAUAUAAUCGCGUAAUAUUUUCUUGUUUUUUUUUUCUUUCUUAUUUGCUUAUUAUUUUUAUUUUUAAAGAGAUAAACUUUAAGGCAGUCGUCGACAAGCAAUUGAAUUCAGUCAAUUUGUUCAAUUCGUUGUAGUAAGAGUAAAAUAUCGGCGCAAAAUAAUUAAAAAAAAAAAAAAUUAAAAUUUUAAUAUACUAUUUUAAUUUAUUUAUUUUGUAAAAUAAAAAAUAUAUUUUUGCAAUAUUUCUAAUUUAUUUAAAAAACAAAAAACGCAUAAAAAAUUAUAAAAUCAAAAAAUUAAUUUAUUUUUAUUUUUAAAUUAAAAAAAAAACUUUAAAUUUAUUUUGACACAUCAAUUUUAUUAUUUAUAUACAAUUAUAAUAUUAAUAUCUAUUUUGGUUACGUAUACCGAAAAUAAUAAGUUCAUACAAGAAAUAAUAAGUUCAUGUAAAAUUGUAAACAAUUUGUAAACAAUUAUUUGUUAAAAAAUUUUCUUGUGUAAACGCGGUGAAUAUAUAACGACGGCGACGACGACUACUACUACGACAAUAAUUUACGGCGGAGCGGCGUGUGCAGUCGUAAUAAUUAAAAAAAAUAAAUAAAUAUAAAAAUAACAAAAAAUAAGUAAAAAAAUAAAAUAAAUAUAACCGUGCGCAAAGUUGAUUUAGCGCCAGUCAUUAAAUUAUAAAUAUACAUAUAUAGUACAAAAACACAUACAUAUAUAUACAGUAUAAUUAUAUAUAUUUAUUACAUUAUGAAUAUUAGUCGCCGAAUGUGUUGUUAUUUAAGUGCUGCCACCUAUUAUAUAUUUUAUAAUAUAGACAGAAUAUAAUUAUUUUAUUUUCUUCAUUUUCUCUCAAUAUAAUUUUUACAAUUUAUUUAUAACAAAAAAAAAAAAUAAUCAAAACAAAACAAAUUUUUGUGAUUUAUUUUUAAUAUAAUUUUAUUUUUGUGGUAUAAUUUUGGGGUUAAUUCUAAAAAACAAAGAAAAAGAAAAACGGAAACAAAAAAAAAACAAUUGUGCAAUUUUCUAUUUUACCCCCCCACCCCUGUCAUUUAGAAAAUGAAUACAUACAUAAAUAAUUAUUUCUUAUAAUAAAUACAAAAAUUAAAAAUAAUUACAGAAACAAAAAGAAGAAAGAAUUUAAUUGUUAUACUUACAUACAAACAUAUUGUGUCAUAAUAAUAUUUAUAAAUUAAAUAAAAUAGAGUGAACUCUGUUAGCAGCUAACUGUAAAAACGAGUCACGUGAUUAGUGCUUUAUUGACUUGACAUUUACAAAACAACAACAAAAAAAAAAAACGAAAGUAAAUAAAAGAGGAAAUUUAAUAAAUAUACACAGAAAAUUAUAAAAGGAUUUAUUUUUGAAAUAAACACAGAACGUGUUUUUUGUUUACGAAAAGAAAACCAAAAUUUUUUAAUCGGCAACUAAACAAUCAACAUCAAAUAAAUGUCACAUCAUCACAUAAGAAAGACUGGUUUAAAAUUUCGUAAGCUUUGAAGAUUUUAUCCUGGAAUUGAUUUGGAAACAAUAUACAAUUGAAAUCUAGAUCUAAAUAAUAAAAAGAAAAAGCAAAAAAAUAGAAAAUAUCUCAGAAAAUAGUCCUUUUUUGCAAUUUGAUUUUAUACAAGUAAUCACUGCAGCACUCGAAUAAAUUUAUUAUUUUCCUACUUUUCACAAUUCACAAUUCAAAUUUCAAAUUGAAUAUAAAAAUAAAAAAAAUAAACGAAAAAUUUUAAAAACAAAUGAACAACAAAAUGACAACGAAUAAUGCAACCACUUUAUCAUCACAUUCAUCUACUGGAGAAUUAAAAACAUCAUGGCCAAAUAAAAAGGAUGAUUAUGAAUUGCGUGAUGUUAUUGGAGUUGGUGCAACUGCUGUUGUUCAUGCAGCUUUAUGUAUUCCAAGAAAUGAAAAAUGUGCCAUUAAACGUAUUAAUCUUGAAAAAUGGAAUACAUCAAUGGAUGAAUUAUUAAAAGAAAUUCAAGCAAUGUCAAGUUGUAAUCAUGAAAAUGUUGUAACUUAUCAUACUAGUUUCGUUGUACGAGAAGAAUUAUGGUUAGUUUUACGUUUACUUGAAGGUGGAAGUUUAUUGGAUAUUAUAAAGCAUAAAAUGCGUACAACAAAUUGUAAACAUGGUGUUUUUGAUGAACCAACAAUUGCUACCGUUUUAAAAGAAGUGCUAAAAGGAUUAGAGUAUUUUCAUAGUAAUGGACAAAUUCAUAGAGAUAUUAAAGCUGGUAACAUAUUAUUAGGUAAUGAUGGUACUGUUCAAAUAGCUGAUUUUGGUGUUAGUGCUUGGUUAGCAACUGGUAGAGAUUUAUCAAGACAAAAAGUACGUCAUACUUUUGUUGGUACACCAUGUUGGAUGGCACCUGAAGUUAUGGAACAGGAUCAUGGUUAUGAUUUUAAAGCUGAUAUAUGGUCAUUUGGUAUAACAGCUAUUGAAAUGGCAACUGGAACGGCACCAUAUCAUAAAUAUCCGCCAAUGAAAGUUUUAAUGUUAACUUUACAAAAUGAUCCACCUACAUUAGAUACGGGUGCUGAAGAAAAAGAUCAAUAUAAGGCAUAUGGUAAAACGUUCCGCAAAAUGAUUGUCGAAUGUUUACAAAAAGAACCAACAAAGCGUCCAUCGGCAAGUGAAUUAUUAAAACAUCAAUUCUUUAAAAAAGCUAAAGAUAGAAAAUAUUUAGCUUCAACUUUAUUAACUACUGGUCCAUCAAUGGAAACCCGAGUACAUAAAGCUGCACGACGACAACCAGGUGCAUCGGGUCGAUUACAUCGUACCGUUACCGGUGAAUGGGUUUGGUCUAGUGAAGAAGAAGAUAAACGUUCAUCGGAUUCAGAAACAGAUGAACGACCAAUGAAUAGAUUAGAACGUACUGAAUCAUCUGAUAGUGAUCGUGAAUAUCCAUCUGAGGUAUCAGAACGUACAUUUACUGGAACAGCAGAAUCAGCAACAGCCCCAAUAACAGAUGGUCAAAAAAUAAUAACAGGUGGAUCUGGUCAAGUUAUUUCAACACCUGCUACUGCUAUGGUUACUGCAGGCAUAAAUUCUAAUAUUAUACCUAAUACAAGUGGUUCAUUAAUUACUGCUUCUCCUUUAACUCAAGCUAUGGGUAAUGUUAUUCCUUCAAAUUCAACAGAUGAAUUGCCACCAGUUAAUCUAGUCUUAAGAAUGCGUAAUGGAAGACGUGAACUUCAUGAUAUACGAUUUGAAUUUGCUGUUGGUAAAGAUUCAGCUGAUGGUAUAUCAGGUGAAUUAGUUGAAGCUGGUUUGGUUGAUCCAUUAGAUACCUUACCAAUGACAGCUAAUUUACAAAAAUUAAUUCAAAAUCGAAUGCAAAUGAAAUCAAUAACGUUCCAAUUAAAUUCUGGCUGUCAACCUGGUGAAGUGCCCGAUGAUAAAUCACUGAUCGGUUUUGCGCAAAUAUCAAUAACAGAUUAAUAAUAUUUAAUUAGAAUUCUUAUUAUUAUUAUUAUUAAUUUUUAAUUAUUUAAUAGAUUUUUUUUUUUCUGUUCUUGUUUUUUUUUUUUUUGUAAUAGAAAGCUGUAAGAUUUAUUAACUUCAAUAUUAAAUAAUAGUUCACAUUAGAAAAUAGGGAAAGUUUUUUUUUGUUUUGACUAGUUUUUCGAUGCAAAUGACUUAUGCUAAGUUAACGUUCCGACUAUUAUUAUUAAAAAAUAUAUAUAUAUAUAAAAAGAAAUAAAAAUUAAUAUUAUUAAUUAUUAUAAUUAUUCUUAUUUCUAAUAAACUUAUAUUAAAUAUUAACAUAAUUAAAUUUUAAGUACUUGGACAUUAAUUUAUUAUUAACACAUAAAGAAAAGAGAAAAUAAAAAUUAAAAAAAAAAAAAAAAGAGUAAUAAAAUCAUAUUAUAAAAAUUUAUCAAUUAUCUACUAUUUAAAAUCCGAAAAUUUCUAUUUAUAUCAUAAAAUUAAUAAAAUUAAACUUAUACUUACGUUUUUAUAAAAAAAAAAAAAGAAAAUAUAUUAAAAAAUUAUGUAAAAUAUUUUAAAAAGUUUUAUAAAUAAAUUUUUAUUUAAAAAUAUUUUUGGGCAAAAUUACCAAAAUGUUAAAAUCGCUUAAAAAAAAAAAAAAGAUAAGUAGAAGAUUUCAAAUUUUCCCAAUAUUUAUGUAGAUAUAAAGAUGAAAAAACAAAAAAAAAAUUUCGGACCUGCAGUAAGCUUGCAAAAAAGCCGGAAAUGUGCCAUUAAAAUUAAGGGAAUAUUUUUUUUUUGUAAUUAUUGAUAAAUGCUUAUAUAAAGAAAUUUUUAAAAUUUUAUACAUUUUAAAAUUUAUAAAAAUUCUAAAAAAAAAAAAAACAAUUUGUAAAAUAAAUGUAAAAUUUGAAAUAUUUUUAUUUUCUAAAUUUAUAGAAUGUGCUCAAAUUCAUAGAAUCGGUUUUGAAAACAAAAAGUAUAUUUAUUAUGUAUAACUAUAAUUGUACCAUUUUUUUUUUUUCAAAUAAGAAUAAUGUAAAUUUAAAUUAUUCUUAACUAUAAUCACUUAUUGUAAACCUUAUAAACACAUUACAUAUGUAUUUAAAGCGGGAAGAUAAUAAUAAGAAUGUUAAUUUUUUUUUAAAUCUUAUAAUUAGUAGAUGCACACGUUCUAUUUUCUCCCAUAAUAAAUUUUUUCCCCAUAUUGUAACUUUUAAACUCUAAACUAUUGUUAUCCGCCAUACGAUUGCAGAAAGCUCAGACAAUAUGUUCUUUUUUUUAUUACUGAUAACCGGUUGAGUUCUUUAAAUAAUUGUAUGCCAAAGUGGCACACACAAUCGCAAAUUUAGAGUUUUCAAUUCUCAUGUUGGAGGAAUUGAUUCCUCCCGGAAAUGCAAAAAAAAAAAGAACAUAUCUAGCAACAACGAUUUUCUGUAAUCAUUAUUAUUUUGCCAAUUAAUAUAAAUAAGUGGCGUUAUACUGCGGCUAACAUUUUAAUAGAAAAUAUUUUUAAAAAUUUUACAAUUUAAAAUUUAAUCGAAAAGGAAAUUCAAAAAAAAAAAUAUUUAAUUAAUAAAAUCAAUUCAAAUCAAUUAAAAUCUGUUU